GUGAAGAACGGUCGUGUUUUCCGUUAAUAAAUUGAAAGAAAAAGCCUAAGACCGCUCGGGCGUUCGCAUGUGGUGACAGCGGUGGGAUACGCGUUAGUUAUUAAUUAUUAAGUGAAAUAAGUGACUUAACAUAGUGUAUAAGAGUGCAAGUUCUGAGCGAAGUGUAUUACGACGGAAAGUGUGUGGAGAAUUUUUUUUGUCCUUGUCAAGUCAUGUGAAAUAAACUAAAUAAUAAGUACAUGGCAAAAUAGUACGCCGCAAAGAAGUGAUUAUUAAAAAGGAAAUCAUGUAGCGGGAAUAAGAAAUUGAACCACGUGGAAAAUUGAAAGAGCUUUACGUUUUUUAAAGCACUAUGUGGUUCUCCGGAAUAUUCACAAUAUGAUCCCACCUAGGACCUACAAAAAGAGGGGAGAGAGACCGCAUCCACAGUUUAUUUUCAAAACCGGGACUGAAGUGACAUUCUACAUCCGUGAAGAAGAGGAAGAGAGAUACCUGUCUGUCAACAGAGGAAUGAUGAUCAGACUGGAACCAUGGGAAUGGAUUUCCGACGAGGAGCGAGACGUGGCCAGGCGAGGCAAGGACAAAACUCAGCAUAGCGCUGAAGGGAAGAAGAACGAUUCGGCAUCCCAGCUGAAUGGUCACAAGAAGAGGACGACGAGUCAUGCGGAAGGUCAAUGGUGUUGGGUGCUGUGGGACGACGGAGCGAAAACAGGAAGCGAUUCGAGAGUCGUGCAAAAAGUGAAUCAGAUCAGCAAAUCUGUAACUAAGAAAACUGAAGAAGAAGCUGUAGAAAUUGUGAUGAAACUGGAUUCCAUAAUUGGGCAGAGCCAUUCAACGUUGACGAAAAAAAUUACAGCAAUCUCAAAACUGAUUAUAUAUGGCGGGAGAUUGAUAAUGAUAAAGGAAAUAACUCUGAUUCAAUUAAAGAUUGUACUAAAAUAAUGACGAAAGGUGAUUCAAAAGAGAUGACACCAAAUGAAUGAAAAGCCAAGGUUGCUGAAAUUGCAAACACUUGAACCAGGUAAACGUUGAAUUUCAUUUCAACGAUGGAAGGUGUGGUGGACUUAUGGACCGUCCCAAAGGUUGUUCAGGAAUGGGACCCAGAAAUACGCAACAUUGAUGAAAAGUGGAUGGACGAGACAACGCGACGUGAAGAGGAGGCAAGCGGCAACCCAUACCUAGUACCAGAGACCAACCAAAUGAUAAGUCACAGCGGAAGAUGACCAACCAGUCAGCGAAUGGACACUAACAACGAAGAUUUGGAAAAAAGAAUAUAUAUAUGAUUUAUAUAUGAGUUCACGCAAAUGUAUACAAAAAUAAAUAUAAUUAAAUAAAUAAUACCGUUUCAUAAAUAAUGAAUAAUUAUAUUUACAGUUAAUAACAAAAAUAAAUUUACAAGAAGAUGCACAAGAAACUAGGUAAUUACAAAAGUAGACAAAAUUUAAAAAAUAAUAAUAAUAACAUAUACACGAAAACUGUAGAUGAAGUAUACAAAUAUUAUAAUAAACAAGAAUAUAUUUUUACACAGUUAUACACAUUCAUAUAUAAAAAAAAACUAUUGCAAUAUAUUUAUAAAAAAAGAAGGUUGAUAACACUAUUAGCAGGUAGAUAUGAAAUCUAACCUUUCGAACCAAUUUUAGGGAAAACUCAUCUAGUUUCCCCUAAAACUCAUUGAGUAGGGGGAGAUGCAGCGACCUCAUAACAAGAGACGGAUUUGUUUACCCAUGUUUGUGAUAGGGACCGAUCGAGGAAAAAUAAACAUAUCUUUAUCGCACAAUCCUUUGUGCGGAUCGUGUGAAUUAUAGAAUACAUUUUAUGAUAGGCUCGGGUAGAUCCCGAAUAAAUAAAUACAUCUCUCUUGACGAUCCUUGUUUGUGGAUCGUGUGAAUCAUAGGUCUAGUUUUACGAUAGGGUUUUGUUUAUGUUUUGGUGUCACGAUAGUGGGGAGCUUAUCGUAAGUUCGUUCUGUUUAUUAUAUUCGAA